AUGGCACGCCUCGUUCAAUUCCAACUCGUUUUUGUGUUCGUCGCCGUCUCGUUUGCUAGUGGUUUCGACGAGAAUGCGACGAGCAACACCACUACUACUGCGCUGGCGAUUCGCGCGAAAAGACAGUGCGGCGGGAUGGGCGGAUGUUGCGGCGGGAUGAGCGGAUGCGGAUGUGGAUCUAUGGGCAUGUGUGGACAGGUUUGUACCCUUUUUUAAUAAAUAGAGUUCCAACUAUGAGAACACGAUCAAUUUGCAGACGUGCUGUCCGUCGGCGCCGCCACCGUGCUCGUGCGGAACGCCCGGAUGCGUGCAGUGUGUCCAACAGACCGUCCUCGUUCCGGUGACGACGACCACGUGUUGCAAAUGCUGCCAGCCGGUGUGCACCAACGCGUGCACCAAUGUGAGUUGCUGACAAAAAACGAAGCGAGGCUCUAGGGGAACAGUUUUCUAGGCAAUCGCCACAACUUUUAGGCGGUGUAAGCUGUGCAACGUCGAAAUAAUCUGAACGUGUCAUGAGAGACGCUCCUUUUUUCAGGGCGGAGGAUGCAGUUGCGGAUGCACUCGUGGCGGUUGUUCGCGAAAAAGACGCUCGCUUCUCGCGAUCGCCAGCGCCGAAAUGAGCAAGAGAGACGAUGUGAUGGUGUGA